AUGUAUUCCAGUCGGCUUCUAAUCAUCUUGUUGAAUCUUCUCCUCUCAUACAUACGCUUUGCGUUUGGUGCUAGCACACAAGAUUGUGGAAUUUUUUUCGGGCCAACUGGAUACAACAGCAAUUGGCUUUGUCGAAAUCCAGGUGGGGUUGCAUACGAAUGUUCAGCGCCAAAAGAUGAGGGUACAGUCCCUCUGGUCAAUUGUAAGCCAUACACAGGCCCUCCAUCAUCCACUUCUCUGUAUAAUGCUGGCAGUGCUGGGGCAUCUCAAAGUUGCACCGCAGCUAGAAAAAAGUUUGAGGAGGAUGUUAUCGACUGUGGAUUGGCUUCGUGGCUCAACGGUAAAUUUGUCGUCACUGCCACCUUCAGAUGCGAUUUUAAUAACGCGAUGUUGUACGUUGCGUACGGUUGCGAACCUGUCAAAGAUCAAAGCAUCGUUUAUGAGGUUGAUUACAAACCUAGCGCCUUCACAAACGAUGGCUCGAUUCGGAACUGA